AUGUCGUCUCUGCUGCGCUCGCAGGCCAUCCGCCGCGCUCUCCCUGCCCCCGCCUUUGGAGGAGAAGCGGGAGCCACCGUCCGCCGCGGUCUUGGGCUCCCGACCGUGCCGCGCCGCUACCUUUCCGGGCAUAACGGCCAGCCUACUGCUCCUCCCCCACCCCCAGAUCAGGUUGGUCAGGCGCUAGAGCAAGUUCAGCAAGUGGAGAAACUAGCUCAGCAAGUGGAGGAACUAGUUCAGAAGGAUGUUGAUACAUUUCUGAAGCUGUACAGAGAAAUGCGCACUGGGGACCAUGGCUAUUUUGAGAGGCUUUUGAGUAACAGUGGGGUGCCCAAAAGCCCAUUUCGUGAUCGUUUCGUUUGGAGCUGUCAACUAGGAACUAUAUUUGCUGGGUCUUGGAUGUUCGGUUACCUGAAACCUGAGUGAACCUGCAUGGUAAAGGGUUGUGAGAAGAGACGUAGUUAAUUAGCUGGAUUAACUGUAUGCAUUUUUGACCGUGCUGAACGGAAUAGCCUGUUUGAAUGUCUGUACUUUGGCAUUCUUCACUGCGGCUGUCGUAGAAAUUCAUGCUACUAUUACUUCUAGUAGGAUGGCAAGCA